AUGACGCCGCAGGGGCGCCAGCCGCCGCCGCAUUUACCGCUAAAGCCAGCUGCGGCGCUGCAGGACGCGAGUGGAGCACGCCCCAGCUCCUCCCGGGACAUCGACGCCGUGCCCGCUCGCGAACGAGACGGCCGCGACGGGCGGCCUGGCUCGAGCUUUUGGCCCUCUGAGGUGGGUCAUCCGCCGCCGUAUGGCGCAUCCAUCAUGGUACCACUGCUGACACUCCUGUUCCUCCCAACCAUCGAACCCGCAAAACCAUCUGUGUUUGUUACCUCUCUCGACGACGACGACAACGACGUGGCCAACGUACCCAGGGCCGAGCUUGGCCGCCAAACCGCUCGGCGCGCGGCAGCUCCUUCCGCCCCUCUGGGCCCAAUGGUAUCGGACCCGGCGGCCGCACGCGCACCCCAUCCCCUCCCCGCCGAGACCGCGACCGUGACUAUGACCGCGACCAGUGGGACAGCAGAGACAGAGACCGAGAAUGGGGGUUUGAACGCGACCGCGAGGGUGGCGGCAGGCGACCGCCGCGCCCAGACAGCCGCCCGCCGUUCUCCCAAGGAAGGGAGCGACAGUUUGACCGAGACUGGGACCGCGACGAGCGCAGGUUCCGUGACGACCGAUACCGAGACGACAGACAGUGAGUGGCGUUGGGGACGAGUCGUCCUGAUGGGGGGCUGUAAAGGACUGUUUGUUGUUUGUGCUGACACGGUGAUCAGAUUGUCGGUUCCGCGGUCACCCAGGUCUCAGCCUAGUUCUCGCGAAAGGGGCCGUCCACUCUCCCCACCACCAUCAUCAGCACGAGGGCCUCGGAAUGGUCCGCGCGCCCGUGAGGGUGGACGGCCUACCGGCGUCCCAGGACCAGGACCAUCGACCAUGGCCCAAUGGUCUCCUCCUCGCGCACCUCGUUCAAUGCGCGGUUCAUCCAGCCCAGUCGACGCCACCUCUGCGUUGCCACUCAGCACCAAGCCCCAACCCAGCCCUACGAAUCCUCAAGCAAGCGAUUUAGAAGAAGGGGAAGUCGUCUCCCCCGUGCGGCCCCUGCGCUGGCCGGCGCCAGACGGACCCCGCGACCGCGAACGUGACCGAGACCGCGAGCGCAGCGAUCGCCGCUGGCCAUCCCCCGGCCGUGAGCGCGACCGCGAACGUGAACGCGACCGUGACCGUGACCGUGACCGUGGACCAUGGCGCCGAGAAUGGGGACGCAGCCGGCCAGGGUCGCGACAGCGCAGUCCCGUCUCGCCACCGUUCGCUGGUCGUCCAUUAGAUGACGGCUGGGCUUCACGCCGUGCUCGUGCGACCAGUUCCCCGAUCCAGUCUAGGCGAGGGGGGUCUCAAGGCCCGGCCGCGCCACCGAGCGACGUCGACUCGUCUCGACCGCGCUCACCCCCUGCGCGCGACAGGACUGCAGAGACCGAGGAAGACCGCAAACCUUCCUUGCCCAACAACGAGUUGGGUCUCGACACCGGUGUACCGGAGGGCGCGGUUGACGAACGACCAAAUGGCAACUCUCCCUCCCCUGCUCCCGAGUCCAAGGAGAUUGUGCAGAACGGCAUACAGGUCGACGAGGAGCCCGCGCCUGCUAUCGACGAACCCGCCGCUCCCAUCGUCGUCAAGCCUGCCCCAGUGGAAAUCUCUACUCCCGACGAGCCCAAGGCCAAGGACGAGCCUGCACCUUCCCCGGUUGCACCUUCACCUGUUGAAGAGCAGUCUGUUGAGCAAGAGGAGGCGGCCGUCGUUGAGCCGGAGCCUGAGACGUUGGCCAAGGCGCCCGUCGAGGAACCUGCAGAGGCGGAGCCGGUCGUUGUUUUGGAGCCUCCUAAAGACGAGUCUCCCAAGGCCGAGACCGAGCCUCUUCCCACUAUCGUGGUCGAGCCAGCAGCCGACACUCCUACCGAGGAGCCCGCUGUGGAGCCUGCCCCCAUCGAGCAAGCCCCCCAAGUUGUCGAGGCCGCCGAGCCGGAGCAAGUCCCUGAGCCCAUCGAGACGGAGACGGCCGACCGUUUCGACCCCGACAGGACCGAGUCGCCCGAACCGGUCCCUGUUCCGCCAAUCGCUGAGAAGGAGCCCACGCCCGAGCCCAUCACGAAGGAAGCCGUCCCCGAGCCUGAACCUGAGCGCGAGCCUAUCGCUGUGGAAGAGGCUGCCCCCGCUGUUGAAGCUCGUAGCCCUUCGCCUCCUCGCCCACCGACACCACCCGUUGAGGUCGACGUCAACGGCGAUGUGGACAUGGCCAGCCCAGUGAAGCCCGUUUCGCCCAUCUCCGCCAAGGUUGAGGUCCCCCCGACCCCAGUCGUGGAAGAGGAUGUGGCGAUGGAGGAGCCAGAGCCCGCGGUUGUUGCGCCUGCUGCAGUGGUGGAGGAGGAGCCCACUCCUGCCCCUCUUGUUGUGGUUGAGAAAGUGGUUACGGUCGACAUUGAAAUGGCCGAACCCACUACCGAGGCUAUCGAGGAGCCGGAUGAGAAGACGGUCACCUUUGCGUCGCCACUCCCACCACCCAAGAAGGAGCUGGAGCCUGUCAAGGAACCCGAGUCCCAGCCCGAGCCAGAGCCUCCUGUCAGGGAGGCACCAGUCACCCGGCGCAGCACCAUCGCCGAGCGCCGUGCUGUCGAGUUGCCGCCCACCAAGGAGCCUCUUCCUCGUGCCGCCAAGGAGCGCCUUCGGGACCCCCAACCGUCUGCCAGCACCGAUGCUGACAAUGACGGCGACGACUACAUGGCCCCGACUACUCCUCUGGACCCCGAGGAUCUCAAGAUCAUGGCUGCGGUCAGGGCGGAGCUUGGCAAGCCUGUUCAGUGCGAGGUGGACAUUGAGGCCAUUCUCAAGUGGAACCAAGCUGCAGCGCCCACAGAGAGCACUCGCGUGCCGACCGAUCCCAACUGGUCGGCCGAGCAGAUGAUCAAGGACAUCACCCGACCUCUCCGUCGUGACCAACGCCCAGUUGCCAAGCAUGUUGCCGCGCUCGUGGCAGCCGAACAGGCCGAGCUGGACGCCAAGGUGGCCUACCUCCGCGAAGAGUACCUCGAGUUGGACAAGUCGUGGGUCGACCACCGCGCGUUCCUCGAAAAGUCUAUGGAGAAACGCGGCCCUCCCCCAGCCGACCUGUAUGCCAUUCCGGGCUCAAUCCUGCCUGCCCCAACGCCUGGCCUGCCGCCUACUACGCCGAUUGUGGAGGAGACGUUCCCGGCUCGCAGCAACCGCCGUCGCGGUGCCGGUGACGCUGUGGCCACCGAGGCCGAGUACCAGGCCAUUCUGGCCGGUCUGGCUGACAGCGCCGCCAAGGACCCUACGCACCGUGCCGCCAAGACGGCCGCGACGAUCCCCGACAUGAUCCUGACCAAGGAGCGCAACAUGGUGUACGACGACGAGAACAAUCUCAUCCGCGACCCCUUGGACUUUUACGACUUUAAGGGUGUGGGCGAAGCUGUCUGGACUCCCGAGGAGCGCGAAAAGUUCCUCAAGCGCUACCUCGUGUACCCCAAGCAGUUUGGCCGUAUCGCCGAGGUGCUGCCGAACAAGACGGCCAGUGACUGCGUGCUCUACUACUACCGCACAAAGUACGAACAGGACUACAAGUCGCUCCUCGCCGCGCGCCGUGGCGUCAAGGCCCGCAGGGCUCUUGCCAAGAACAAGUCUUCGGCGCUCAUGGCCGAUAUUGAGCGUCAAAAGGAGACGAUGACGGGCGGCAAGGAGGCGACGAGUGGCGGCAAGGGCAAGCGUGACCGCGGCGACACUGGGUCUGGUACCAACACCCCGCAGCCCAGUGGACGCAGGCAUCGCGCCCCGCGCUCUGGUUCCGACAUGCCUGCGACUCCUGGUGGCACGGACGCGCCUCCCUCGAGGAAGCGCAAGACCGAGGACAAGGACAAGGACAAGGCCGGUAUCGAGACCGACAAUGACCCCAGUGCGACGCCUUCGCGUGCCCCGAGUGAGGUGCCCUCUACCGCUAGCAGGUCGAAGCCACGCGCUCCGCGCGGCGACGGCAAGGGCAAGAAGCGUCCGCGCGUGAGCUCCGUCACCAAGGACACACUCGUCAAGGAGGAGAAUGCGAUCAAGGAGGCUGCCGUGGUGGCUGCUGUCAUGGUGCCGCCGCCUGCGGCCACAGUGGUCGUGCAAGCUGCUACAACCACCACCACCACUACUACUGCUGCUGCUGCUGCUGCUCCUCCCCCGCCUGUUCCUGCGCCUGUCCCCGUCGUAGUGCCUAUCAAUGGCACGCCGGCCGUUCCCCUGCCCUCGGCCGCUGGGCCGCUCAUCGACCCCGUGACAAACCUGGUCAUUGACACUGGACCCCUCCUUCCCCCCGUCAAGCGUACAAAGCGCCGCAAGGUUGUCGAGCCCGUCGACCCCAACGCUCCUCCCCCAGACCCGAACGCUGCGCCUCCCCCGGCUACCGAGCCCAAGCCCCGUCGCACGACUACCAACUCGUACUGGUCAGUUGCGGAGAAGAACAAGUUUCCUGAACUCGUCCGCGAGCACGGCACCGACUUUCGUGCCAUUGCGGACAGGCUUGGCAACACCAAGACGGUCAUCCAGGUUAGGAACCACUACAACCUGACCAUUGACCAGCUUCGCCAGGCUGGAAUUGUGCCGCCUGCGUCUACGCAGGUCGGUGUCCAGCCCAUCAAAGUGAACGGUGUGUCGGCCGACGACCCCCGCGGCGCCUAUCCUGCGAGCGAGUUUCCGGGCCUUCCCCGUCCCCAGUCGUCGCAGUACGAGUAUGGCGGCGGCGCUACGCAUCGUGGCUCUCACGAGUUCCCGCCCGAGCCUCGUCUGGCCGUCUUCCCCCCAAGCCCACACCACGGCCCGCCCCCACUCGGCAGCAGCGCCAAUUCUUCUGCUCGCGACACGCCCUCCAACCCUCCCUCGCGGUCCGGCGGCAUGCGUAUUUCGGCGCUGCUCAACGACGACCCGCCUGCCAAGGAGACCAAGCCGUUUGACAGCCAGUCGGUCAUUUCGGACGGUACGGUCGACGAGCGCGAGUUUGACGGUCCGGCGCCGACGCGGCCUUCACCUCGGCCAGCGCAGGGAGGCGAGCUAUUCCCUCCCCGCGGCGACGUGUUUGACCGCCGCCCUUCGUUUGAGCAUGGUGCACCGUUCGUUGACCGUGCCCCUCCUCCCCCCGAGGACCGGUAUGCUCGCGGACCGCCACCCUCGACGUACUCGUACGCGGCGGUCGCAGCUGCCCCCCAGCCUCCCCCACCAGGAUGGGACCGCGGCCGCGAGCCGCCACCACCACCGCCGCAGGCGCAGACGACCUAUUAUGCUCCACCACCGCGCCACGCGUCGCCAGCCGGCCAGCCCAGCCGUCUGCCGCCCGUCGUGCCGACGGCGGCUCCUCCGCGCGACCACUCGCGUGACCCGCACGCGCGCGACCGCCAUGCGCGUGACCCGUCGCGCGACCACCCUCGCAGCGACCCCCACGGCCGCGAGGCGCAUCACCGUGACGCGCGCGAACGGUGGGAGCAGCAGCAGCCCCAGGUCCUGCCUUCGUUGGGCGUUUUCCCGCCGUCAAACGGACCGCCGCCGCUGCACCACCAUUCCCACCCGGCAGCACGUCCUGGCGAGUACCCGCGGCAAGGUGACUGGCGGCCAUACCUCUCUGCGCCGAACGGCGGACCUGGUGGGCCUGACGCUCGUGGAGGCGCGCCGCCGCCGCCUCCCCCGCAACAGCAACAACAGCAGCAGCAGCAGCAACAACAGCAACAGCGAGGCGGCGUGUCCCCGCAACCAGGGUAUCCCCCGCGCCUGUAG